CCCUCAAUGAUUUUCCAAGAAAACCUCGUCCAUCCCGUCCCUUUCUCUCGUCUUCAUCAAUUCCCUACCCCCUCAUCAAUUUCCACCGACCCAACAAGGAAAACCACCGCCACCAAUCAAAGGGGCCGACCCUUGAUCUCCUUUCUUCCUCUCCUGUGAUUUCUGCGAUACCCACAAGAAAAAGAUCAAAUUUUUACGACAAGAUGAAGGAGGGAAAUGAUGGGUUUGUCCGCGCGGAUCAUAUUGAUCUCGAGAGCCUUGACGAACAACUUGAGCGCCAUUUCAGUAGGGUUUGGACUAUGGACAAGAACAAGCGAUCUGAAGAUUCCAAUCUUUCUCCAUCUGUUGCUGGUGCUGCUGUUCCAACUACUACUACUUCCCUUCACGCUUCAAAACCUACUUCCAUGGCCGCCGCUACCGCCGCCACCGCCGCCUUGACUAAGGACAGGAGGGAAGGGGAGAUCUACCCUUCUAAUCUUGUUAUCAAGGGUGUCAUUGCUCAUGGUACCUUUGGGACAGUCCACCGUGGUGUUACGAUGGUCUCUACGUCGCAUCCCCUAGCAAACAAAACCCUGCCGCCAAGUAACAAAGCGAGGAAAGGGGAGAGGAGCAGCGCCGCUUGGAGGAGAAUAGCUUCUUUUGCGAUAAGCUCUAAAAGGUUGUGGUGGUGGGUUCGCUGCCAUCUUCUAUGAUUGCAAGCCACGGGUACGUUUGAUGAGGCCUCCAUCGUUGUACCUAGAACAUGGAUGAAUCUCAAGAAAGAAAAAGAGUUCAGCUUGGUGGUUUGAUCAUGGUGAGUCUGGCAAUCAGGUUGAUGGGGUUUCGGCAAUCGAGCAAUUACUGAUGAACAAAAAGUUUUCUAGGGAUGAAGUCAAUCGGUUGAUUGAGAUAAUUCACUCAAGGGCUGCUAAUUCUCCCAACAAAGAGGAAGAGAAGCAGCAUUCUGGUAUGUUUGGGUGGGAAGCUUUUUCUAGCAUUUGAAGUUUGAUUUGGUGAGUAGGUGCAUCGAGGAGAGAGCUUGGGGGGAUAAUUGCUUUUGGACAGGAGCGAUCAGAAGUGAUCGAUGAAUUGUCAGUGGACAAGAGAGCUUGCAGUUCAUUGGUUUUUAGACCGAGUACAUCGAAUUCCUCAGCUCAAGCAGUUCCGACCACGAUCCCGGCGUAGGCGACUUCCAAUUUUUUUCUGAGUGGUGGUUAUCAUCGCGAAAAGGAAGAUCCCAGGAGCAUCACGGUCUUGACGGAAUUGAGUUUCGACAUCGGACGAGGAAGAUUCGAGCGUCGAAAGUUUGGGACGCAAAUCAGACAGUUCAGGUAUCAGUCUUGGCAAUUCAAGAAGUUAGAGGAUUAAAUGUGUAAUUUUUUUCCAGAGAUGUCGUGGUCAACUGUGUUGACUCGGAAAUUACAGUUUUGGUACCUAGUACUUUUAAACUGACAUAAUGUUUAUUUUGGUCAUAACUUGAUCAAUUGACGUCUGAACGAGGAAUCGUCAGCGCCUACGGAAUCGUGAUAACAAGGAGAAUUUGAUUGGAGCAAGUAUGGAAAUUUUAGAGCAGAUUCAGAGUUGGUCUCGACGGAUAUAAGGUGAGUGUAAAGGGGGUAAAUUCUACGCCUUACGUGUUUUUUUAAGAAUUACAAGCUUUAGGUAUUUUGAUGAAGUGAUUGUCGUUGUUUGUUUGCGCUUAUGGUUGAUGAUGUGUGAUUUUGUUUGAGCUAUGUUUAAUGUGAAUGUGCAUGAGUUCUUAUUUAAAUUAAAGCUCAAGUUUAUAAGUUAUUGCUAAAGUUAAGGAACAAGUUCUUUUUAAGAAGUAACUCACCUUCAAGAAAGUGAAGUCGUUUUAAGUGUUUUUAGUCACUAGCGUCAGUCCGUUGCCUUUUGAGACAGUUUGAGAUAGAGCAGCAGUUAUGCUCUUGAGACUUUUAAGAUGGGCAGCAGUUGUGCCCUUGAGAAUCGUGGUGAAGAGUCACCACGAUAAGUUUAAGAUGUUAGGGGGAUGAAUCGUUACGACUUCCCUAACUAAGUUUAAGUUUAAGGAAAGCCUGAAUGGCUUCUCAUACGUAUGAGUUGGGCAACCGGACUAGCUAGUGAGGGAUCCCCGUGUCUGUCAAAGGAUUUAAGUCAAGCUUUGAGAUUUAAGAAGGGAGUAAAAGUAACUCCCAUACAGUUUUAAGAGUUAAGCUUUUUAAUAGUGGAAGUAACAACUUCCACUCAGUUAAGUAAAAUGCUCAAGUAUUAAUAAGAUGUUAAAACGUAAGGGCGUAGACUGAUCCCAUCUCACUCACCAGUUUGAGGAGCUAGAGGAGCAGUUAGUGAGCAGCGAGUUCGAGGGCAGCCAGCUAGAGUAGAGCAGUAUAAGCGUCACGGAGGAUGCUUAGUCGAGGUUUUCAGUAGCAACAACUUCAGAGAUUAUUAGUUAUUUACAUUUAUGAUUAUUAGUGCAGACUGGAGAUUAUUUUGAGAUCAGAUUGAGAUUUUAAAGUUUGAGUUUAAUUUGCCCACGUGUUAGGGCUUUGCCUUGAACUUCAAGUGUGUUUUCAGUAUUUUAUUUAUUAAAGUUUUUCCCUCUGU